AUGCCGUCCUUGUCCCAUCCAGAAUCCCUCCCGUCGUCGGGGGGGACAUCACUGAGUUCUUCACGUCCCAGCACGCCUGAUGAUGGCGAGUGUCAACACGGCCACGACGCCGACCAGGUGGUCCUGGUAAUUGGCGGCCUUGGCUUCAUCGGAUCACAUACAACGCUUGAGCUUCUCAAGGCGGGAUACAGCGUCUCCAUUGUGGACGACCUCAGCAACAGCUUCAAGGUGGCCUUUAACCGCAUCAGAGACCUGGCAGUCAAGCACCACGCGAGCAGGGGCACCAAGAUGCCGUCCCUACAGCUACACACGCUCGACUACCGCAGCCACAGCAUGCGCAGCGUCCUGGACCUGUAUUCAGAAAGCAGCUGGAAGGCGUCCGAGACCGACGCGCAGGCUCCUCACAGCGCGCGGCGGUCCCGGAUAUCGGGUGUUAUUCACUUUGCGGCCUUCAAGUCGGUUUCCGAGUCCAUCACGCACCCCGUGCAGUACUACCAAAACAACGUCUGCGGGCUCGUCAACCUCAUCUCGCUGCUGGGCGAGCACGACAUCCGCAACUUUGUCUUCUCCUCGUCGGCCACCGUGUACGGCUGCAAGGCGGACCUGGGCCGGCCGCUGCGGGAGGAGGACCUGGUGCACCCCGAGUCGUACGUCGACGACAACGGCGCCGAGGUGACGCCCGCGUCGUUUGCGAGCCUGCAGAGCCCCUACGCGAGGACCAAGUUCUUCUGCGAGGCGAUUCUGGCCGACAUUGCGCGGGCCGACUCGGCGUGGCGCAUAACGUGCCUCCGAUACUUCAACCCGAUUGGCUGCGACUCCUCGGGCCUCCUCGGUGAGGACCCCAGGGGCACGCCCACGAACCUCUUCCCCGUCAUCACGCAGGUGCUCACCGGCGCCCGCGAGCACCUCGACGUCUUCGGGUCCAACUGGGACACGCGCGACGGCACGCCCGUCCGCGACUACGUGCACGUGUCCGACGUGGCGAGGGGCCACGUCGCUGCGCUGGCCGCCCAGGCUGUCGAGCCCUUCCGUACGUUUAAUCUCGGUUCAGGCACAGGCACGACGGUGGCCGAGGCCGUGCGCAGCCUCGAGAGGGCUUCGCAGCGGCCCAUUGCCGUGAGGCUCGCCGACCGCCGCGAGGGCGAUGUCGGCUCGUGCGUCGCCUCCAACGAGCGCGCCUGCAGAGAGCUGGGCUGGGAGGCCAAGGAGAGCGUCGGCCAGUGCGCCGAGGACCUGUGGAACUUCGUAUCCAAGGCGCAGGCUCCGACGUCGUAG